AUGGUUUACAGGAGACAGAACAAGAUGUUCUUCCGUCUCGGUUGCUCGCGCCGCUCUGAACGCGUGGCGGGUUUCAACGUGAUCGACGGGAAUCGAACGCACGAGAGCCACUUAGCGGACGAAGAGCUCGUCCUGUUGUGCACCACUCUUCAUUACGACUCUGAUCUUCCUCCGACCUCCAUCAUCGUCACCUUCCACAACGAGGCCAGAUCCACCCUGCUGCGCACCAUCAGGAGUGUUCUGAACAGGACCCCAGUUCAUCUCAUCCACGACAUCAUCCUGGUGGACGACUUCAGUGAUGACGAAAGUGACUGCCAGCUUCUCACCAAACUGCCCAAAGUCAAAUGUCUACGCAACAACAAGAGAGAAGGUCUGAUCCGGUCCAGAGUCCGCGGGGCCGAUGCCUCGAGGGCCGGGGUCCUCACCUUCCUGGACAGCCACUGUGAGGUCAACAAGGACUGGCUGCCCCCCCUGCUGCAGAGGAUCAAACAGGACCCGACCUGUGUGGUCAGCCCGGUCAUCGACAUCAUCAACAUGGACACCUUUGCCUACGUGGCGGCCUCUGCUGAUCUGCGUGGAGGUUUUGAUUGGAGUCUCCACUUCAAGUGGGAGCAGCUGUCACCUGAACAGAGAGCUCGCCGGACCGACCCGACGCAGCCAAUCAAGACUCCCAUCAUCGCGGGCGGCCUCUUCGUGAUUGACAGGUCCUGGUUCAAUCACCUCGGCAAAUACGACACGGCCAUGGACAUCUGGGGCGGGGAGAACUUCGAGAUCUCCUUCCGGGUGUGGCAGUGCGGCGGCAGCCUGGAGAUCCUGCCCUGCAGCCGCGUGGGUCACGUCUUCAGGAAGAAGCACCCGUACGUCUUCCCCGACGGCAACGCCAACACCUACAUCAAGAACACGCGGCGCACGGCCGAGGUUUGGAUGGACGACUUCCGUCUCUUUUACUACAGCGCUCGGCCUGCAGCGCGAGGGAAGUCCUACGGAGACGUUCGAGGCCGAGUGGAACUCCGCAAGAAGCUCAAGUGCAAAUCCUUCAAGUGGUACUUGGACAACGUCUACCCGGAGCUCAAAGUGCCGGACGACUCCGACUCCCGGUCCGGGGUCAUCAAGCAGCGGCAGAACUGUCUGGAGUCCCGGCGGCCCGAGGGCCAGGAGCUGCCCGUCCUCACGCUGGGCCCCUGCGCCGGAGCCGAGGCGGCGCCCGCCGUCAACCAGGAGUGGGCGUACACUCCCGGGCAGCAGAUCCGACAGCAGCAGCACUGUCUGUCUCUGUCCACCACCUUCCCGGCCUCACAGGUCCUGCUGAUGCCGUGCAACAUGGCCGACGGCAAGCAGCGGUGGGAGAAGUCGGGGACUCACCUGGAGCACCUGGUCUCUCGGUUCUGCCUGGACUCGGAGAUGGCUCUGGACGGGAUGGACUCCUCCCGGAUGCUGGUCAUCAGCCCCUGUGAACUGAGCGCGUACACACAGAGAUGGGAAGUCCCCUUCUCCUGA